CCACAAAAUGACAGCAGUAGUGAAAUGAAAAAUGAACGAACUACCACCUACAAAACCUCCGCGCGGAGUUAAAUAUGGAAAAGAUGAGUCCGGCUGUGGUUUCCUUGUCAACGUCAUCAAAUCGCUGGGCUUUAGCGAGACAACAGAAGAGCGGCAACAAGAAAAGCUUAAGAUUGAAAAGGAAUUCAAACGUUCCGAUCAGCGACUGAACGAGUUGGUAUCGCGCCAUGAUCAGCAAUUGACACAAGUUUUGCCACUAUUCAGCCAAGUGUCAACGGAGAUUACAGCGAGUCGUGAACGCAUACAUGGGGUAAAGGAGAAUCUAGGUGCCUGCAAGCAUUUGCUACAAUGCCGUCGUGAAGAGUUGAAGAAGAUGUGGACAGAUGCGGUGCAGCAUAAAUAUGUGCUAGAAAUGUUAGAACAAAUCAACGAAUUGCGCAAAGUGCCUCAACGUGUUGUCAGCUAUACGGCCAAACGCCAAUAUUUGCAUGCAAGUAAAUCACUCACCGAUGCGCUAGCAACUAUACAAGGCCCGCUUAGUGGCGUCGAAGGAUUGGCCGACUUGCGUGUCGAUUUACAAUCACGACGACAACAACUCUAUCAACGACUACAUGAAGAGCUAGUAACUCAAAUCUACAAAAACUCCGCCGCAGAGGCAUUCUCCAUAUUUCAACGUAAUAAUUCCAGCCGUCUGAAUGCAAGUUUCACUCGUGGCAUUGGUGCACGACGCUCCACUGAUCGCAUCGAAGCAAAUACGCGUGUGCGUAAAGCGCUUAUAGAAAUGGCGCAAGGUUUUGAUCUUGAGAAGUCUGAAGUAAUCGAUGACGCAGAUCUAGUAGAUCCCGAAUUAAGUAUGACUUACUUUAUUUCAAUUAUCGUCGAAUGUUUCGGCAUGCUGGGUAAAGUGCCCGACUCAUUGGAGGUAUUACGCGUACAAAUACAAACCCAAUUGCUGGAAGUGGUGCGGCAGACAACGUAUCAGUUAAUUACGCUGAAUUUCAGUACCAAUGAACGCGACAAUCCGUUGCUAACGCUGCUCGAAGUUCUAUUUAAACAGUUCAAGGCGAUUGCUAAGACUCACGCACUGCUGUUAAAAAACUAUUUGGCAGUGGGACAAAAGUAUGCGGUAGUUGGACCACAGCCAUAUGAUUUAACGGAUUUUUGGGCGCAAGCACAGUCGGUGCUACAAUUGCUGUUAACCGAUUAUUUGGAUAUACAAAAUGCUUCCGGCGACGACGCAACACAGUCGGCGUUUGCUGAGCCCACUAAUAAUAUAAAUUCGUAUUUUCUGCGUCGAAAAGUUCCCAGCAACAAAAAGUCGCUCUUCAAAUUCGACAAAUCAGCGCAUAUACCACCGCAAGACAGCGUCGCACCCACUGUUUCCGUUGGUAAUGCCUCAAUCAAGGAGCAUCGGCGUAACGCCUCUGACGUUUCGGCAGAUGAUAAUCUGACCGUUGCUGCAAUUGGAGGUGGUGGCAGCGGCAAUGGUAGUGGUUAUUUUGCGCAUCCCAAACCACAACGCGAAAAGGUGCUGAUAUGUAAAGCCGACCAGAAUGUGAUAACAAAAAUCUAUUUGCCACUUAUGGUUUACAUACAAGAAAUUGAAGGGUUCAUGAAGUGCAAGCCGGGUCAACCCUGUAGUCUACACGAUUUCAUUGAUAAUUAUAUUAAGGAUACGUUCCUAUCGAAAGGUCACAAUCGUAAUUUGCAAUUAACCAUCGAAUCAUUAUCGAAAAAUCAGGAUGCUUGGCGGACGAUUAUCACGCCAGAAGAGAUGAAGGUCAUGGGUCUAUCACGCCCUCUGCUACAGUCCACAGCCAUGGUAGAACGGCGUCUGCAAGAGACCAAAACACUUAUACAGGAACUGCCGUGCUAUUCGGAUGAGUUGUUGAAAAUGGUGUGCGCGCUGCUAAAGACUUACCGCGAGAUAUCACAGUCCGCUUAUAGAGGUGUUGUGCAGCCUGAUUCGGAGGACAAGCGCAUCUACAGCGUAGCUUGGCUGAAGGAUGACGACAUAAGUCGAUUUUUGAAAACACUUCCUAAUUGGACCGAUCUAAAGUCCUCCAGUCAGCGUGGAAAGCAUGGCAAAAAGCUUCAACGUAAUAACUUCGAACCAUCGGAAGAAGAGAGUCCACUGCAAGUGCAGCAACGUAAUAUACGUGAAGCUGAAAUGCUUACCAGCAACUUGGGUGAAGGUGGCAUUACCCAGCAGGAAAUUUUAGCGGAUAUUAGUGUGCUGAAAGAGCUGGCUGUGCUGCAGGAGAGCAUGGAAUGGUUCUCUGGACGCGUGUCAGAGUUUGCCAAUGAGCUGCGGAAACCGUUGGUGAAUGGCCUUAAUGUCAUUACGUCUGAGUGUACCGCUACACAUGCGGCCGCAAUCAAGGAUGGCACCAUUAAAGUGUUGACAAAUUUAGCGCUGGAGUUUGAUGAACUGGCCAAUACGUGUCUGCUGGUGUUACAUUUAGAGGUGCGGGUUCAAUGCUUCCACUACUUGCGCACGAAAUCCGCCACCAAAGUCAACAAUUUCAUGAGUGUCAAGGACGAUGACAUUCUAGAACCCGACCGUCAGGUACAGAUGCUAACAAAACGUUUAGCAGAGAUGGAUGAGGCAUUCAGUGCAACAUUGCAUCCACGAAAGACGAGAUACAUUUUCGAAGGUUUAGCACACUUGGCCGCCCGCAUACUCAUACAAGCAUCCAACUAUCUGGAACACAUCGACCAAGCCACGGUAACACGCAUGUGUCGGAAUUCGCUGGCAUUACAGCAAACGCUGAGUAAUAUUACUGCAUCACGUGAAGUGGCGCUGGAUCAAGCGAAGAAUUUUUACGAGCUACUGUGCAUGGAACCGGAUGACAUUCUUACCAACAUUGUUGAGAAAGGCGCUCAGUUCACCGAAAUGCAAUACCUGAAUGCACUGCAGUUAUCGUGCAAGGCGCGUGGUAUAACCGACGCGAACGCUUUGGCGUCGUAUCAACAAAAGUUGUCGGAUAUUUUGGGUGCAAAACCCUCCACUGGCAUUGUUGUUUAGAAUUGUUUUGCCUCUGAGCAAAAAAGAAAACAACAGAUAAACUAGUUACUUUAGUGACGCUCUUACUCUAGCAAUUAAGACUGUUCGUUUCGCUUACCGAAAUGUACUAAAAUAUUACAAAAGUUGAAAGCUUAUGUCACUUUAUUUUUUUUUUUUUUUACAUGAAGUAUAUAAGUACAUUAUUAACACAAAAAGUAUUCAUACACAGCGCUACAUACAAAUAAAGUUGAAAGUUAAAAGCAUUGAAAUGAGUGCACGCUCUAACUCAUCGGUGAUUUGCCUAACAGUUCGGUUUAUUAUUAUUAUCAUACCUACUAUACAUAUAAAAUAUUGAUACUAUUAUAAAGUGGAAAUUAUAAAUUACAAUACACAUAUAUAUAUAUA